CCCAGUCACCCGCUCCAUCCACCCAGCGCAGACGAGCCGCCGUUGCCAGAGCAAGAAGAUGGUCACGCUCCUCCGCCCGCUCUCGCCCACCCUCCUCCUCGCCCCCGCCGCGCCGGCCGCCGGUUCCGCAGUAUCCGUCAGCGAUAUGCGGUGGAGGAGUGUGAGGCCAAACGCUGGCGGGGGCUGGUUGUCCGGGCUGCUAGGCGGCGGCAAGGGCGGCCGCGCGCCCACGGCGAUGACGGUGACCCCGGGGACCGUGAAGGCCGGCGACCCCGUGCUGCACGAGCCCGCGCAGGAGGUGGUGCCCGGGGACGUGCCCUCGGAGAAGGUCCAGGGCGUAAUCGACCGGAUGAUCGACGUCAUGCGCAAGGCCCCCGGCGUCGGCCUCGCCGCUCCGCAGAUCGGCGUCCCGCUCAGGAUUAUUAUUCUGGAGGACACCCAAGAGUACAUCAGCUAUGCACCGAAGAAGGACAUUGAAGCGCAAGAUCGCCGUCCCUUCGAUCUUCUUGUUAUCAUCAAUCCCAAGCUUAAGAAGACAAGUAAAAGAACCGCACUUUUCUUCGAGGGAUGUCUGAGUGUUGAUGGAUAUAGGGCGGUCGUAGAGCGACAUCUAGAUGUUGAGGUAUCAGGUUUGGACCGAAAUGGGAGCCCCAUUAAUGUACAGGCUUCAGGAUGGAAGGCACGCAUCCUUCAGCACGAAUGUGAUCAUCUUGAAGGCACAUUGUAUGUUGACAAGAUGGUCCCGAGGACAUUCAGGAUUGUUGACAACUUGGAUCUACCACUUCCCAUUGGAUGUACUCCGCUAGGUGCAAGAUAAUGUGGAUACCUGGCAAUUUUUAUCAUUAAGUAGAAUCAGCUGUGAUUGUGAUCUCUGUGAAGUAUGAAUUGUUGAAGUCUCUCUUUGCCUGACUGAGCAUGUCGAAGAAUUGUAAUUCAAAGUGCCAAUGCAUUCCAAUAGUGUUCCAACAUUGCUGGCUGAACAUGCAAUGAAAGAAGAGGUGGUUCGUUGUUUCUUCGAUGCCCUGUUUGCAUAGAACACAGCUGUAGUUAUUGUCUUGAAUCUUGUGGUUUUUCCUCCGUAGAAUAUUCCUUGUAUUUAAUCGGUCCAUUGUUCAGUUUGAGAUGAUUAGGACAUAUGUUGUCCUUCUAGAACAAAAAUUUGACAUUUUGUCUAUACA